CUAUGAUUAAUUUGCUCCAUUGGAAACGACAGGCUCUGGUCUAUCUUGGGUUAGUUAUAAAAAUCUUUCGUCCUACCUUCAGUUAUCACGGAAAAUCGUAUGAAUGCAAACAACAGUUGUACGGAUUAUUCUCGUUUUUACAUCACAAGCAAUUCAUAUCUUCUUCUUUUCAAAUCUCUUAUUCAUGACGUUUGCGCUUUGUAGUUUGUAGACUGUCCGCAAAUUUGUACAUUCCGAGGAGGCUCUUCUUGACACUUCAUAUAGAGCUUGACAUAAUCAAAAUAGAACGUUUCACUUGGAAGAGGUUGAGUUGCAUCAGUGGCACCAGUGUUAGUGUAGAAAAUGUCUGACUCUAUUAUUUUAGCACUGAUAGUGUUUCUCAUCUUGUGUUUGAUUGUAACGGUGGUUGCAGCUGUUGUGUACUCUGGGCUGUUCACUGAGGUCAAUAUCAAGACAGGGUCGCCUUAUAUCAAAAACGUUACUAUUGCCUACAAAUUCCAUAAAGGACCGUAUAAAGACUGUGGUGCAGCUUUCACAGAGACUGUCAGUAUUGGGCCAAAGCUCAAUACCAUCCGUGUGUCCUACGAUGACUCCACAGAGGUGCCCGAUGACCAGUGUCGCUACAUCAUUGGCAGUAUCCUGAGCGAGGGAGAUGAAAAGCCUGACGAAGAGCUCCAGAAGCUGUAUGAGAAGUUUGGCUUCAAUGUGCUGUCCUUCCCCGAGGUGUCCCUGGCUGUGACCACCACCUUCCCCUCCACCACCCCCCUGUCCCACUGGCUGGCACCCUACAGAGUCUACCCCGAACUCCGCAACUACAUCAUGGAGAGGCAACUCCAUGCCUGGCCAUUCAUUGAGAUCAAUACAGGGGACCUAACGCACUACAUUGCUCCGCUGUCCUCCCAGAGCGGCUUCCACCACACUGGCUUCGUUGUGCCCGAGCUCGUCACACAGACAGAGGCCAAGACACCGGAGACAGAGGAGUCCUUGGACCAGGACAGAGGGACGGAUAUUUCAGAUGCAGAGUCCCACAGUGAUGUCAGCAGCAAGCUGAGCGGCCAGGCGCAGUCAAAGAGCACAGAGACGUCUCUGGCCCCGUUCUCCGCCUCCUCUCUGCCCCACAGGGACCAGGGGGACGGGGUCGAACAGGGGCAGGGUGGAGAGCACAGGGAGCCAAGUGAAAAGGGGCAUGGGGACAGGGGCUCCAGCGAGUCAGUAGGCAGCGGCUCUUCCUUUGAGGAACUGGACUUGGUGGAAGAGAUGGUGGAGGAGCUGGAGAGAGAGUUGGGGAGGGAGGAGGAAGGCCCCACAGUGAAGGAAGAUGCCAGGGAAGCCCCAGUAGAGGCUGUAGCUGAGGAGAGGGAGCCUGUAGGGGAUGGAGAGGAGUAGAAGAGGAUGGAUGGAGCAAACUCUUCGGGUUUGAUCCUUUUAAGGUGGGAGUGAGAUUUCUUCAGCUAAUCUUGUCUUUUAUGUCAACAUGUUGGUGGAUCUGUAGCCAUACUAUUUAUCAUGACAGACAUGACAUCUAUUUCUGGACCUUUUGAACUUUCCUGUAUGUUAAACUGUAAUGUCUGUGAGUGAUAAUGACAAAACAAAGAUGGGUUGAUCAACAUUAAACAGAACUGUUGUAGGAGAUGAUACAUUCACCAGUAGAAAGUGAUACACUCUUUGAGGGGACAAAAAUAUUGUUACAAUAUACUUGUGGGACUGAUGAAAGUCAAUAUUUCUUUUGAUUGAAGUAUUUAAAUGUUAGUAACAUUGUGUCCAAUACGUUUAAUCAUCUCCCAUCAUAGUAGGCACACAUUUUAUGUAAGUUAAUUUGUUUAUAUAUAAAUAUAAAUAAUUGAAUAUACUGUAUUUAAUCGAAUACAGUAUAGUUUUAGACAGUGGUCACCAAUCGGUCGGUCGAUGCAUUCCUAGUUGAUCACCUAACUGAAAAGCCAACGAUAAAGGCUGCCACUCCUUUUUGUGUGUGUGUGUUGUGCUGUUGGUGGUAUAGUAUAGUACACUUGAUUCAGAAGCCCUGUGCGCCGGGGAGGAGAAGUGUUCCCAUUUUUAACCAUUUAAUUUGUCUGAAAAGACUAACUGCCUACUGACUGACCAAUCGGAUAGCUCAAAUCAUGUACCUACAGCUUCCAGGACCCCGGCCACAGUAGUUUUAUACUAGCCUACAUGAGAUUUCAUAUAAUUUAAAACAAUGACCAUAGAGAGACUGUCAAAUAAUACAGCAAAUAGCUGAUGUUUUUAUGUGUGAGGUCAUGUCCAAGUUUGUAUUCAGCACCGUCAAACACUGUUUUUAUUCAACGCUAUUACAAAACAUAAAACACACUUCUCCCUGCUUCCAUUCUCAAUGCAGCUGCAAUGAAUGAGGAGCCAAGUGUAUCGACAGCUCUGUGUUUUUAUUAUUAUCAGCAGCUCAUCAUGUCUAUUUUAAUAUCAAGGAAUAUUUCACUUUCUCUGGUCAUAGGAACAACAUGAGUUUGUGCAUGAGGCAGAUGCAGUGUGACUCGACUUUUGCCAUCAGGUGGAAGACGUUUUCCCAUUUCCCGAUUUCAUGUAAUGGACAUAUACAAAAUAUUCCAAAUUUGUGAAAUUAAAUGAAAAAAAUUACUUGUUUCAAAAAAUGAAAAGAACUGAAAAGUGGUGCGUGUUCAUACGUAUUCACCCCCUUUACUAUGAAGGCCCUAAAUAAGAUCUGGUGCAACCAAUUACCUUUAGAAGUCACAUAAUUAGUUAGAUUGCACACAGGUGGACUUUAUUUAAUUGUCACAUAAUCUGUCACAUAAUCUCAGUAUAUAUACAACUGUUCUGAAAGGCUCCAGAAUCUGCAACACCACUAAGCAAGGCACACCACCAAGCAUGUGGCACCAUGAAGACCAAGGAGCUCUCCAAACAGGUCAGGGACAAAGUUGUGGAGAAGUACAGAUCAGGAUUGGGUUAUAAAAAAUAUCAGAAACUUUGAACAUCCCACAGAGCACCAUUAAAUCCAUGAUUAAAAAAUGGAAAGAAUAUGGCACCACAAUAAACCUGCCAAGAGAGGGCCGCCCACCAAAACUCACGGACCAGGCAAGGAGGGCAUUAAUGAGGGAGGCAACAAGAAACCAGAGAUAACCCUGAAGGAGCUGCAAAACUCCACAGCGGAGAUGGGAGUAUCUGUCCACUUUAAGCCGUGCACUCCACAGAGCCGGGCUUAAUGGAAGAGUGGCCAGAAAAAAGCCAUUGCUUAAAGAAAAAAAGCAAAAAAUUUGGUGUUUGUCAAAAGGCAUGUGGGAGACUCCCCAAACAUAUAGAAGAAGGUACUCUGGUCAGAUGAGACUAAAAUAAAAAAAAUUGGCAUCAAGAAAAACAAUAUGUCUGGCACAAACCCAACACCUCCCAUCACCCUGAGAACACCAUCCCCAAAGUGAAGCAUGGUGGUGGCAGCAUCAUGCUGUGGGGAUGUUUUUCAUCGGCAGGGACUGGGAAACUGGUCAGAAUUCAAGUAAUGAUGGAUGGCGCUAAAUACAGGGAAAUUCUUGAGGGAAAACUGUUUCACUCUUCCAGAGAUUUGAGACUGGGAUGGAGGUUCACCUUCCAGCAGGACAAUGACCCUAAGCUUACUGCUAAAGCAACACUCGAGUGGUUUAAGGGGAAACGUUUAAAUGUCUUGGAAUGGCCUAGUCAAAGCCCAAACCUCAAUCCAAUUGAGAAUCUGUGGUAUGACUUAAAGAUUGCUGUACACCAGCGGAACCCAUCCAACUUGAAGGAGCUGGGGCAGUUUUUAAUUGAAGGAUGGGCAAGAUUCCCAAGUGGCUAGAUGUGAGACUUGCAGCUGGGGGGGGGGGGGGGGGGGUAGUUAUGCACGCUCAUGUUUUCUGGUUUCUUAUCUUAUUUCUUGUUUGUUUCACAAUAAAAACUAUUUAGCAUCUUCAAAGUGGUAGGCAUGUUGUGUAAAUCAAAUGAUACAAACCCCCCAAAAAUCUAUUUUAAUUCCAGGUUGUAAGGCAACAAAAUAGGAAAAAUGCCAAGGGGGGUGAAUACUUUCACAAGCCACUGUAUGGUCUGAGAAGAACAAUAUUGUCAGUUCACUGUAUUAGGCCUACUGCACAAACCUCAUUCCUACAUAACUGUUUUUAUUAGGUUAACGUUACAUUUUUUAAAGUCAUGUUUAAAAAGAAAUCUGAGCGGUAGUUUGCUGCUUUCUUUUUGACUGCGAAAGUGAUCUUGACUCAGAAAAGAUUGGUGACCACUGGAUUAAGAUGAACAACCAUUAUAUGAAGGAAUUGUAUGCAUUUAGUUGUGAAGGAUUUGUAAUUUUAUCUACCUACAUAUCAUGAUCAUGAUCAGAUCUGUUCUAUUACUUUGGCCUAGGUGUUUCCGGUGUAGAAACUUGUUCAACUACUCUGGUCUGUCAUGUGUACCAAUAUAAUCUUUACUUUUUGACUUGAAUCAGGGAUAUACUGAGUUCUUCCCUUAUUUUAGGUAUAACAACUUCCUUUAUAGCAUGAUAAUCCUAUGAUCUAGACAUUGGGCUCACUCCAUUUGCUGUUGUCACAUGUUAUUCUGUUUGGUCUCUCGUCUUGGGCUUUGAGUGAUGGAGAUAAUGUACACUGCCAUGGGUGUUUUUCUGUCUGCAAUAAAAGAUCAUAUGCAAUUUUAUUUUUUCUGUAUCUAUACAGACAAGCAAUACUGUAUGCAUGUUAUGUGGCAAACUCCUGUAGUAUUCAGACAGUGAAAUUAUAUUCUUCUCUCCCUAUUGCUCACGCCACAGUGCUGAAAACUCAUCCUCUGUGUCAUGGUUCCACCUGUCACCAGAGGGCUGCAGAGAGACCACCCUAGAGACAAUUAUGACACUCAGGUGUGUUCCAUUACUCAUUAUGAUUUUCACUUUAAAAGAGGUGUUUUUUCUAUUUCUCUUUGCAGAAGCUUGAAUUGUUUACCUUGUGUGUUUGUUUCCUGAGUGAGUUUGACACUUAGUGGUUGUUGUUUUUGUGAUCCUGCGCCUACCGUUUCUUAGUAAAGUAUUAUGUUUAUCCUUAACCACUGA